AUGGCCUCACAGCAGCCCCGGCGAGACGGAGAAUCGAGCGACAAAGCCCCGGCAAUGUCUGCGGCGGCGACUCCGACAGCGCCCCAGCGGCCGGACAUGGGAAGCUGGACAUCUUCGGCCCCCGUCGGUGGUGUACCCAAACUGGAUGCCGGACGGAAGUCGGGGACUGGACCGAAAGUCGGGCACACCUUGGUCGAGGAGGAUGAAGGGGCAGCGAGCGAGGACACUUCCAGGCGAGCCCGGUCUCGGCGAACGGGCGAUGAGGAAUCGUUGAAAGUCGUCACCCCCGAAGUCACCAUCGCCGUGGUUGGUGAAGAGAAUGCGGGCAAGAGCAGCUUUGUCAAAUGUGCCUUGGACAUGAAAACCACGCCUGCCUCGUUCUCCAACAAGAAGAAGAUGUCGCUCGAUGGCUCGGUCUACAUUGUUCGCUUGCUGGAGGUUGAUUUGAAGGAGGUUGCGUUCGAUCACGACACGAAGAUUAUAUGGCCGCGGAAAAACCGCGACACUCCGGCCCCGAAAAUUGAUGGAGUGAUGGUGCUGCACGAUGCAACUACCCCGGACAAGCUUGCUGAGACGACGGCUAUCUUAGACUCUCUGGCUACGUCCACCUUGCCAUUCUUGUUGGUUGCCUGCAAAUGCGACCUGCGCCCGGAUAGCGAAAUGGAGCCGGUUCACGGACGCUACACGAUCUAUCAAACCUCGAGUGAUUCACCCCGAACCCAGCGAAUGUGUAUUGCGUUGGUGUUACGGGCAGUGAUUUCCCACCGCGACGAUCUUCCUUUGCCCACCGUGCAGUCAAAUCCCCAUCCUCAUCUUCCCCCUCCACCCCCGCCGAAGACAACAAAACCGUUUCAGCCCCACUCUCACGACUGGCAUCACGCCCGUGCCAACUCCGAGAAUCCCACCGUGCUGACCGGAGCCGCUGGCGGCCCAACAACCAGGGCCUCGGAUCGAAAGAUUGAGGGGAACGGCCAUCGUGCGCCCAACCAACCUCAUCCCUCCGACCUGGCGCAACAGCAUGGUUCUAGUUCAACACGAUAUGCUCGAAGCAACUCAAAUCCCCCGGUACCUCCGAAAAGUCCACCACUUAAACCGCGUCUAAAUUCCGACAAACCCUUGCCCCAGCUCGACGCAUCCCCGAAUCAGGAACGUAGUCGUCAGCAGCGGCUGCACACUGCGUGGCGCGAUAGCGGAGGCUCUGACGCUUUCAACAGCUUCUUGAACAUGGAGGACGAAAUGGACGAUGGGCAGAACCAUACGACCCCGGGUGGGAUGGUCCGAGCCAAGCCCAGCACUGAGAGUACUGCGAGUGCCGAGACAGGGGUGUCAUUUGAUGAGCUCGUUGAUCGCUUGGUAGGGUUGCCCAUGUCGAAGCAGGACACGAAAUUUGCGUCCAUCUUCCUGUGUCUGUACCGCAAGUUUGCCGCGCCAGCAACACUCUUGGGUGCUUUGAUCAGCCGGUUUGAGCGAAACGAGACCAGCAAUACCGACCAGCUUGCCCGCAUGGCUGAUCAGCAGAGACUGCUGAAUGUUCUGGCACAGUGGGCGUCGGAAUACCCUGGCGACUUUUACAACCACAAAACUCGCAAGAGAAUCGCCGAGUUUGUCGCUACACUCGAAAAGAGCCACUUCUAUAUGUUUGCCGCCAAGGAAAUUGGGUCAUAUCUCGAAUCAAAUGUCGAAGAUGACGAUAUUGGCUGGGCAUUUAACGAUGGCGACGUCGAUGACUCCACCCUCACCGAAACGUUCUUCAAUACCUCCGGCCGAAGCUCGCCAGUACCCUUCCUCUCCGGCACAAGCUACGAGGAAGAGGAAGAAGAGGACCCUAUCUACAAUAUGAGCGCGCUUGAUCUAAGUGACGGUCCACACGACUCUACUUCCCGGCUAUCGGGGACGCUCUCCGUCUCUUCCAACACCGACAAGCCGGGGAACACACUGAAUCAAUCAUUGACCUUGUUGACCAUCGAGGCGGCCCAGAAAGAGUCACUUCGUCUGGAACUCACCUCGCGGACAUCGUUGAACAAGAUUCAGUGGCGGUAUUUCAUGGAGACGCCCGAGGAGGAGUUUGCGCGGGAACUGACCCGUAUCGACUGGAUCAUGUACAACUCCUUCCGACCUCGCGAUCUCGUCCGCCACGUGAGCAUUUCCGGCGUGGACAAGGACAAGAUCAAAAGCCUCAAGAACGUCAAUCGGAUGAUCAAGCAGUUCAACCACCUCGCAUUCUUCGUGGCUACCAUGAUUUUGUUGAGAGACAAGCCCAAGCAUCGGGCCAAGGCCUUAGAGAAAUUCAUGGGCGUCGCGGCGAAACUUCGCCGCCAAAACAAUUACAAUUCCCUGGGUGCUGUGAUUGCCGCCAUCAACGGCACCCCGGUUCAUCGACUCACGCAGACCCGCGAGCUGAUCCCACCCCAAACACAAAAAGAGUUCAUGCGUCUGGUUAUUCUCAUGAGCACGCAGAGAAGCCACUUCGCUUACCGGCUUGCCUGGGAGAACUCGUUCUCCGAGCGCAUUCCGUUCCUGCCCCUGCAUCGCCGUGAUUUGGUCUCCGCCGAGGAGGGCAACAAGACCUUUGUGGGCGAGAACAAAUCCCGCAUCAACUGGAAGAAGUUCGAGGUGAUGGGCGAAGUGGUUCUCGGCAUCCAGCGGAGCCAGAAAUCACCGCACCCGCAAGCGCAGAGAUUCGACGACUUAGAGCGACUGAUCCUUGACGCGAAGAUGUCAGGAGACGAAGAGGUGAGAUUAGCACUCAUAUACAAGCUACCAUACCUGGAUCGGGUUACUGAUUUCAUUGUUCAGGACUUGUACGCUCGCAGCUUGUAUCUCGAACCGGCCACCGGUGGCGAGACCGGCCGAAGGAAGUUCGGCUGGCUCCGUGCUUAG